UGUGGGGUGUGAUGGGAAAAAGAGGGAUAGGUGUGGAAGGGUUACUGUGACAGUCCCACUCACAACUGUCUCCUCUCCUCCCCUCCCCUCUCACACUGAUUCAGCAGUUUCUGCUCAGCCUGCUUUUCUAAACCUGGCCUCAGUCCAAAACCCCGCCUCUUCAGCUAAACACAAUUCCAGGAAGUCAGAAACACAGUUAAGUUCCGUUACUCUCUGUCUCACUGCAGCAAAAAUGUCAGAAGGAAAUAUUCUGCUAGCCAAGGAACAGCUUAGCUGUCCAGUGUGCCAGGAGAUAUUGAAGGACCCGGUCGCUAUUCCAUGUGGACACAGUUACUGUAUGGGGUGUAUUAAGAACUGCUGGGAUCAGACUGAUCAUACAGGUGUCUACAGCUGCCCCCAGUGCAGAAAGGCCUUUACCCCAAGGCCUGAUCUGUGCAGAAACACCAUGCUGGCUGAAGUUGUAGAGAAAUUAAAGAAGACAUGGCUCAGUCUUCUUGCUCAAAGUUAUGCUGGACCUGGAGAUGUGCCGUGUGAUUUCUGCACUGGGAGAAAGUUCAAAGCUGUGAAAUCCUGUUUGACGUGCCUGGCCUCUUACUGUGAAACACACGUCAAGCCACACUAUGAGGUUGCUGCAUUCAAGACGCACCAGCUGAUCAAUGCAAUUGGAAAUCUGGAGCAGAAGCUUUGUGCUGAACACCAUCGAGUUUUGGAGGUCUUCUGUAGAAUCGAUCAGACAUGUAUUUGCUGGUUGUGUGCAGACGGCGAGCACAAGAGCCAUGAUACAGUCUCAGCUGAGACAGAAAGGACUAGGAAACAGAAGCAGCUGGGAGAGACACAGAGAGAAAUAGAACAGAGCAUCCAGGAGAGACUGAAAGAAGUCGAGGAGUUGAAACAGGCUGUGGAGUCACUGAAAAGAUCUGCAUGCAUAGAAAUAAAGGAAAGUGAGAAGAUCUUUACUGAGCUGAUCCGAUCCAUUGAGAUGAUCCACACUGAGGUUAUUGAGCUGAUUGGAGCUAACGAGAAGGCUGCAGUGAAUCAGGCUGAAGGACUCAUGAAGGAACUGGAGCAGGGGAUUGAUGAGCUAAGGAGGAGAAACGCUGAGCUGAAACAGCUUUCAGAGACAGAGGAUCACAUCAAUUUUCUACAGAAUUUCCAGUCCCUCUGUGCCCAUCCUGAAGCUGAAGACUUACCCAGCGUUAUUGUCAAUACAGACAUCUCUUUUGGGGCUGUAAGGAAAGCUGUAUCUGAACUUAAAGACCAUAUUGAGGACUUCUGCAAGGGGGGAUUAGUCAACAUAACCACAACAGUGAAUGAAGUUACAAUUUACAGUAUGCAGGCUCCAGGACCAAGGAACAGAGCUGAGUUUUUAAAAUAUUCCUGUCAGCUCACACUGGACCCCAACACAGCGAAUAGAACGCUCUGUCUGUCUGAAGGGAACAGAAAGGUCACACGCAGGAGAGAGACCCGGCCAUAUCCUAACCACCCAGAGAGAUUUGACAGCCGGGCCCAUGUGCUUUGCAGAGAGGGUUUGUCUGGAACUCGCUGUUACUGGGAGAUUGAGUGGAGUGGGGUGGCUUUAAUAGGUGUUACAUAUAAAGGAAUCAGCAGGAAAGGAGAGGAUGCUUCCUGUGGUCUUGGAUUCAAUGACAAGUCCUGGAGUUUGUACUGCACUGAUUUCAGUUACUCUGCCCUACACAAUUACAAUGGUAUUGAAAUAUCUGCCCCCUACUCCCCCAGAAUAGGAGUGUAUCUGGACUUCAAUGCUGGCACUCUGUCAUUUUAUGGCGUCUCUGACACAAUGACCCUCCUUUACAGAUUCCAAACCACAUUCACUGAGCCGCUCUAUCCUGGGCUCGGGCUUUAUUGUUCUGAUUCCCCUGUAACAAUCUGCCAACUGAACUAGACUGUUUUUUGUUUUAAGAAAACAUCUGUAUAGAACUCCCUGUCUGUCCUCUCCACUCCUCAGGUGAAAGGAAUGUUCAAUCUCACAUAACUUUGUAUGAACGUUAGGGGGUAAAAUGGCACCACCUGCAGAGCGAAACAAGGUGAAUUAUUUGUUUUUACACUUGGGGCUGAAGCAGCCUAAUUUGUACUGUUUAAUUUAUGUCAGGUUAGUGUUUUUGCAAUUGUAAACACUCACAACUGAACAGGUGUUUCAGCAUUAAAAAGUUCAAUAUGUUGUUUUUAUUGAUUGCAAAUACUUAAAUAGCACAAGUGUCUGGUUGUGUCUAGGUUCUGUUCACCACUAGAUGUCACUGUUUCCUUUGUUUUCUUCGGAGGUGAAUAAACUUGAACUGUUAUUAUAUCAUGUUUUAAAUAUAUAUAUUGAUAACUUGACUGUACUACAAAUGUGUUAUUCUUCAAUUCUGUUUUCUAGUUAUGUUUUGUUACAUGAAAUACAAAUAAUAAAAUUAAUAAAUAACUAAAAUCAUUCAGGAGAGUUUUGUACACUAUGUUUGGUCCUGUGACAGUAUUAUCCAAAAGGUUUAAUAAAUAAUACUGUACUUUCUCUUUAUUAGCUUGUUUUUCUCUACUUCUCUGUCUCAGAUGAAAUCUGGAUUCCAAGGAUGUGUGUGUGAGAGUGCAUAUAUGUGUGUUUGUGUGUUUGCAUGUACAGCUAUGGCCAAAAGUUUUGCAUCACCUACAAAGAAACUGCAAAAUGAUAUCUCAAAAGUCUACCGGAAGUCAUAAUAAUAGUACAAUUUCAUAUUAGAUUUGGAAAUGUCACAUUUUUCAAUUUUGGUCAGUUUUAUGUUAAGUAUUUGGAACAACUACAAAGCGGUAUGUAAUUCAAUAUGUUAGUGUAACAUUAUUCAGCAGGUUUCAUUUGACUUUAUGAAGCAAAUUAGUUAAUUCUAUCAGGUAAUGCAAAACUUUGGCCAUAGCAUGGCAGGGACAAUUUAUGGAACUGUUUUGUUAGCUAUAAUUACUUAGGGAGUCUAGAAAUCUAUAUGUGGAGAAUGGCAGUAGGAGUAGGACACAGUUAAAGGAGUGCUAACCAUCUUAUCAGCACUCCCA